CUAUACCUUCCACUUCUUGCAAAUUUGCCCUGAAUCGCGUCUUUCGUUAUCUUGACAACCACUUUUCAACCCACCUUGGACUUGGAAUGGUAACUUGAAGGGGCACAUCAUCUAUUCGCUCAUUGAGCAUCCUUCUCACUUACUUUAUCCGCCUGUGAAUGUCCACCUAGGACUGCAUACUACUUGCCCACUUGCCCACCAUGCCACAGUGGGACAAGUCCCGCGAUUAUUACGCGGAUCUAGAGCUUUCUUCGAAUGCUUCUACUGAAGAGGUCAAGAAGCAGUUCAAGAAACUAGCUCUGAAGUAUCACCCGGAUCGUAACCCAGGCAGAGAGGCCGAGGUUAACCCCAAAUUCCAAACUAUCCAAUCCGCUCACGAGAUCCUAUCCGACGAAAGAUUAAGGCGCCAAUAUGACGAAGCACGUCGAUCUCAUUUGUCGCGCUAUCCCAAGGCAUCCGGUGUACGAGGUAACCCGUGGCAGGAUAUUGGCAAACAAUACCAGCCCCCUCCCACUCGACAUCAGACGCAAUCAUCGUCGCAGUUCGGCAGAGCCCCGACCUCUGGAGCCCAGCGUUAUACUAGCUUCACGAGCAAUAUGCCCCGGACAGGUAAAUCUACGCCUCGGGAGGAUCCUCAGACUCGCAAGAAUUUCGCAGAUGCAUGGGACAAUAUGAGACCAAGAAAAGCACCUCCCGCAACUCCCGGUCGGGCACCCACGUCGGCGGCACGAGACGCAAACACGCCCAAUUCGGAGUACGUUCCUAAGAGUGCUUACCAGCAACAAAAGGCACAGGCUUCUUUCGGUAACAGCAGUCGACGAGCAGGCUUCACUCCCCGCUCCCCAGGGGUAGCUGACGAACCUCCGGUCACUAACAAGAAUUAUUUCACCACUCGCACGCACUCGACCCUCUUCAAUGAAGUCGAUCCCGACGUCCCGCUUUCCAGUGCUCGCCCAUCCGCUUCUGCGGCAUCUACUGCGACGGAUCCGUUUGCUCAGUUCAAGGGUAAAGUUUGGGAUGAACGUCAAAGCACUCCGUACCAAACUCCCGGUGGUGAAAAGACGAACCUCUUCGAUGAUGUGCUAGGAAUUGGCCGCACUACUAGCACACGAGCGCCCCGGAGGCCAGAGAUGCCUGGAUCGUUCCCGCAGCCACGACCUCGAAGUUCUAGUACUCCUAAGAGUUCAAGCAACGAUGCAGCCUUUGAAGACUCGGUGAAAGGUGCUACGGGCCCUACAGGGCCUAAGUUGCCGACUCGAGAUAUGCCAAAUGGUAGUAGCACCCCCCAGCCAGGACCCAGUGAUCGUUACAAGCCGAAUGCUGGACAGAACAAUGCAGUUCCGCAAUCUCCUUUUGGGAGCUAUCCUGCCACGCCAACACCCGUAAACGGUACCAAAUUGGGUGGAAAUUCAACGCAAGCUGGCAAUGGACCUUCAGUGUAUGCUCCAUCAUUUACUCACCUCCCAGAACUAUCCAAUCCCCAAUUCCAGACUUUUAAUCCCUGGACUGGUGAAACCCGGGACUCCAAAAGAACUGAACAGUCCGCUGCGAAGUUCGAAGCCAUGCUCCGCAAACUGCGACAUCCUUCAAGUGGGGAUGAGCCCGCGCGCAACGCAGCGCGCCCUUCGCUGUUUCGCAUCGAGGAGAUACAGAAACGUGAUGUUGCUUGUCUUGUCAACAACCGAGCAACGUCGAAUAAACGUGUUAACAGUACUUCCUCCAAGUCGAGCAGCGGAAUUUCAGGGGUUCCUAUUGCAGAUAAGAGACCUAAAAUUAGUACUGACUCUUCAUGCUCUAGCUUUAAUUUCUCGGCCGCAAGCGACGAAACUUUCAAGGGGACCGGUAAAGAACGUCUUGCUAAACCUAGUACUGAUAGUAUCAACACUAAGUUUGUUGAAGAUUGGGACGAACUUCCUGAAGACUUGAAGUUUAGCGCAGGUACUGCUUCCACGAAUGGCCCGCAAACCCCCACGAAGGGACGACCCCAGUCUCGUAGUCGAAGUCGUCGCCAGACGCCUAAGACUAGGCCAACGGAGACGGAGCGUAUGCCUCCAAUGCCCGAGGGUCCAGGAAACACCGCCGGAAACGGGUUUUCAGCGGGAGAGUGGAGUGAUAAGAUUGGUUCUCAACAUUUUGUGCCUCAGUCUUCGCGCAGCGUUUCGUCUUCGCCGACUCGUCGAACCAACCCUAAGAAGGGUAAGCCUGUCAAGAUGACAGCAGGCACAGCUGGGCUGGUGGACGAGGAUGAGAGUGACGGAUACCAUGACGCCCAGUCAACCUCGUCUGGUUCCGCACAAGCAAACGCGGAUACUGCGACCGCGAUGGACAUUGAUUCACCUCCGCCGGAGAAGGUGGAUGAGACUCCGAGAGCACCCCAAACCAAUGGCGCCCGCAAGAUUCCCGUCGAGCCCCAUAGAGAGGAAUGGAGAGCGGGCGAUGUUAAUGGUGUGCGCACGAAAUCUACUAGUCCAACGCGAGAUGGAAUUCCCGCCAAGCGACCCUUCGCUCAGACUUCUGCGCCUCAGUCGGCGUCCAUUCCUGUGCCAAACCCUUACGCCGCGCAGCACGGUGGCUCGGAAGAUACUGAUGAGUUUCGUACCACGUUUGCCGACUUCACAAAGGUGGAACCUUUCGCUGCCCCAUCUGCUACCGGUCUCAAAGACUUGAGCGACUUGAAGUCUACACUGCCUUUUGAGAGCAAGCCGUCCGAGCAGAUCCCCAUAGAGAAGGAGCAACCUCCCAAGCGUUUGUCGCUAGAAUUUCCCUCUCCUCCUGUUGCUCCGCGUCUUCCUCCAACCGUGGUCGUACCUGGAGUCCAGCCGAACAAAGUUCUGUUCCGCAAAUACGCUCAAGACUUCUACCAGUACAUGGACAAGUGGGAGGUCUUCAGCACCAGGAUCAUGGCGCACUUCACAACUCGCCAGGACCUCUACAGGAACCGUCGUCAACACCAAGGAUUGUCAUGGUUAGAGACGCCUUUGGGGACUCAAGAGUAUUUGACAGAACUUGAGCAAGACCAGGCGGUUCGCCUGCAGUGGACCAACGCCUGUGCAGACCAUCAAACUAAGAUUCGCGAGUUUAUGACGUUCAGAGAUCAGGUAAAAUAGUAUAGACGGGUCAAUGAACGUCAGAAUGCCAACCUUCGCAACUCCAAGAGAAGCGGUGCGAAGCCCAAGGUGGAAAUCAUGGGCAGCAGGCUGCGGACUUCUUCAGAUUUCGGCGGAGUCCCUCUUGGCAACGACAGACCUGGUGGUGCGCCUCUUUGAUCACACCCAAUUGGAUCGUGCCCUUAUUGCGAAUCUUCGAUAAUUUCG